AUGGAGACGAGAGGGAAAAGGUCGAAGAGACCAUCCAUCCUGGGUGGAUCCAUGAGAGAUUCCAUGGAUAACCGUAUGAGCUUCUCAAAGGCGAGGCAUGGAGGCACCAGUGCCCAUGGCGACACCAUUGUGGUGAGCGAGACUGGAACAACUUUGGAAAGGGAUGACCUAACAGCGGUGGGUGACACCAGAGAAGCUCAGCAAGCUAGUAGCACCAGCGCCCUGGGCGACGCUUUUGGCAGCCAUAGGAGUGCUAUAGUGGCAGCAUGUGACAUCCUCAUGAGGAACCAGCUGUUGGGCAAUGCCAGCAUGCUGGGCAAUGUUGGUCUUUGGUCGUGCAAUGCUAGAGGGAGGCUAGGUGAUCUAGGUGAUGACGGGAAGUGA